AUGACUAUUUUUUGCGUGCCGUGCGCGCUGCUGGCGGCGGUGGGGCAGCCGCGCAACCUGCGCGCCUGCCUGUCGACGCUGUCGCUGCUGCUGGCGCUGUGCACCUCCUCCAUCCUCAGCCUGGUCGCCGUCUCGCUCGACCGCUACUGGGCCAUCCUGCACCCGCUCGUCUACUCCAGGCACAUGCGCACGCGCACCUCGCUCAGUAUAAUCUGCGCGUGCUGGGCUGCUGGUCUGGUGGUGGGUCUGCUGCCGGUGCUGGGGUGGCACCAGGGCGCCGGGCAGGACGCGCGCUGCGUCUUCGACGAGAUCAUGGACCACGGCUACCUCGUCUUCGUCUACUUCGCCACCAUCGUGGCGCCCGUGCUGCUGCUCGCCUUCUUCUACGCGCACAUCUACCAGGUCGUCCGUAAGCAGUGAAACACGUCUCGGCAAAGCAGCUGACGACGAUUAAGUUCCGUG